AUGGCACCUUUCGUCUUCUGUUUGCACACGAAGCAUGCGUAGAACUAGCUCAGGGAUGCCGAGUUGUGCUCUCGCAACUCCAGGGGCAAUUGCGGAUCUUCGCCACUGCCGUAGCGGUCACAAUGACAUCACAUAUCCGUCUUGCAACAACCGAGCUUCUGACACUUGUCAAACUUUGUAGGCGUUGAUUGUUCAAUUCUCAAGCCUAUUUACCUGUGGAUUCCUCUCAAGAUAUUCUCAGCAAUAACAUCAGGUCGUAAAGCGUCAACAUACCCACCAUGUCGUCAAUCAGCCUUCGUCUGCGCGCCUUCCAACGCCCAAUCACAUCCCAAUUGCGCGCUUUCACUACCACACCCAGCCACGCAAAGUUGAUGGACACGCCGAAUCCUGCUUCCAACCUUCCGGACCCAUCUGAAAACUCCUCUGCCGCACCAAACGCGAAGAUGCGUUCGGACACGCAAAACACGGAUCACCAGUCUAGUGCCUCUAAAGAUGAGAACAAGAGCGGAGACGAUCAUCCGGCCAAGCAACCAGACCAUCAGGCGCAGCCCACUCGGACGACAGGAAUUGGAGGCGCGACGAAGGUGCAAGGAGGGAAAGAGGGGCUAGGUGAGAGAGGAGACAAACAGUAGGCCGAUAGGGUGAAAGAAGGAUGUUGUGUUGAUGGAAUAGCACAGGUUGGAUGAUCGUACUCAACCUAGUAGGCAUAUUCAAUUGACACGAUUGUUACCGUGUGCUGAUCAAAUCACAUCAAUCUAAAAAUGAAGCGACUUGGGAUGAUGUCUUGA